AUGGAUUAUAUAUCAAAUCAACUUGCGGAAAAUAACGAAAGUUAUAUGAAUACUUUGAACGCGACAGAUUUUACAAUACUUUCUACUAAUGACCCCAUGCUUGAUUACUUGACAAACUUCGACACGACAAACACGACCGAGAAGUUAAAGAAUGCGGAUCCGCAAGAAGUACUUGAAACUUUAGAUUUAAAUAGACAACUUCAAACAGAAUUGGAUAAAUUUAGAGAGGAAAUUGAAGUUGCCCAACAAAGAAAUAUAACACUUCAAACACGUCUUAGACAAUUAAAACUUGAAGAAACUGUUGAUUCGGAAAAAAACAAUUUAAUAUCACCGGGAUCUCAGAAAACAUUUGGGCCGCCUUUUUUUGGUGAUGCAGACGGAAACACUCCACCCGAAAAUGAAGAUGAAAAGAAUAAUCAACCAUUAAUUUUUAAAAGCACAAGAUGGACUCAGCAUGAGAAAGAUGCUCUUAGAAGAGGAGUCAAAGAUCAUAAUAUGAAGCGAGAAGCACUGAGAGCUCUUCGAGAAAAAAAUACCGAAAGAACAAUUUCUUUAUGGUGUCGAAGAUGUGGAUUGGGCACAAUUGGCGAAACAAUAUAUUGUGUAAUUCAAUGGACUAAUCACGAUCAUCCUUGCAUAAAUAAUAAUGAAUGGACCACUCAAGAAACAAAAAAAUUGCUUGAAGUAGCGAAACAGAAUGAAUAUAGAAAUUGGGUUAAGAUCGCGUUAGAUUUGGGAACGAACAGAACAGCUGCUGAAUGCUUUAAACAAUACAAUAGACAAUCAUCCAAUCCUCGAAAAUGGACAAAAGAGGAAGAUGAAAUAUUAACUCGAGCUGUUGAUCUCUAUGGAGAAAAAAAUUGGCAACAAGUUGCACAUUGUCUUGAUAAUAGAACAGGACAACAAUGCUUACAUCGAUGGACCAAAACAUUAAAUCCCGCAAUUCGACGAGGGCGAUGGAAAAAGGAAGAUGAUGAGGCGCUCAAAAAUGCAGUUUCGAUUUACGGACCAGGCAAUUGGAUGAAAAUACAACAAUAUGUACUGGGUAGAACUGAUGUUCAAUGUCGUGAGAGAUGGAUGAAUGUACUUAACGAAAAGUUAUUGAGUUUAGUACAGAAUAUCGGAUUAGGGAAAUGGUCAAAGAUUUCAACUUUUAUGGACGGAAGAACAGAUAAUCAGUGUUGGCGUCGAUAUAAAAUAUUGAAAAAACAAGCUGCGAAGAGGAACAUUAACAGAUCUCUAAUUUAG